AUGGAAUUCGAUGAGACGGAUCCAUUGAGUAGUGAACACUCUCCCCUCGCUUCUUCGUCCUCUACAAUAAUGUACCUUGUGUCGAAACUCCUUCCCCCACCUAUAAAUCGAAAUCCAGUAUCACUUGUCAGAUGGGCUGAUGGAAUAACGCUACGAUUAGCAGUGCUAGUAUUGCUCGUAAUCAUUUUACCCAACGUACAAGCUACCAGUAGAGCAGUUAAACGAGACUUGCCAUCUGCGGCAACAAAUGGUGGAGGAAGUGCAAUCGAACUGGAUUUAGUGCCAGUCGGCUCCAUAAACAGCACAUUUAAUGGAUUCAGUGGGUACGCCGUCAGUGGUGCUUUUGGUGGCCAAAUCCGAUCCACAUCAAGUCUCUUCUCACCAGUCAUACGAAUCUCUACCGAUGCAUGCACGCCAUUCAACGUCACAUUCCCAAACAUUUCAAAUACCUUCCAAACCCAAAUAUACACAUCAAACCAUAACAGCAGCGCCAUCCCAUGGACGAUAAUGAUACAACGUGGAAACUGCUCGUUCGAUACGAAAUGCUACAAUGCGCAACUCGCAGGUGCAAGUAUCGCUAUCGUGUAUAACGAUAACGUCACGACACCCGAUGGAUAUAUUAUUAUGACUUCGUCGACCUUGGGAUCUUCCGUUACUAUCCCGAGCAUGUUUUUACGGAACGUGGAUGCUAUGACGCUGUUUCAUUCCAUUAAUGUGAAUAUCGCUGCUGCAAACAACACAAACACAACAGACACCAUUCCAUUAUUGGCACUAACCAACAUCACAGACACUGGCUCACCACAGGGAACUCCACCACCAUCGAUAAACCCUUUCUCAUCAUACAUCCCAAUCAUAAUCGCAAUAGUCUUGCUUGGAGUCAUGCUAGUCGCCGUCUACGUAUACCGCAAAACUCAUGGGGUUCCGAUAAUCAUGAACUAUGAGCUGACGCCACGGCCGCCUAAACCAGACACGCUUACAUCUGUGAAUUUCCCAACGAGGACGAUCACGAGUGCUGAUGUUGCUGUUAUGGCUGCGUCGGGCGCGGGCAGUGUGGGGUUACCGAGUGACUGUUGCAGUGUGUGCCUCGAUGAAUUCGUUAUUGGAAGCACGAUUAGGAGUUUGCCGUGCAGUCAUGUGUUUCACUGUACUUGCAUUGAUCCCUGGCUGCUCCAGCAUAAUCGGCUAUGUCCAGUCUGCAAGCAAGACGUGCUUGGAUCCUCACAUAUUACGCCUGUGCCAUCAGUCCCAGCCUCACCAAUACUCAACACUAACAGCAACGUGAUAACUAUAACAUCAUCACUCCCAACAAUCAAUGAAUCUAAUGCUGUUGCUUCGAAUCCACCACCACCGUAUUCACCAUACGAUACGAGUAUGCCUAGUAGUAAUGGGAUAUACGAGACGAGGAAUUCGUCUAUGCAGUCGGAUGUGGAUUUGUUGCGGAGAGGAUCGCCGUAA